AUGACGCUUGAGGGGCGGGAGGCAGCUGGCCCGCCACGAGCGACCCUGCUGCCCACAGCCAACGGCAGUGGGCCAAGCCAGGAGUUGGAAGGCCAUUGGCCAGAAAUCCCAGAGCGGUCCCCGUGUGUGGCUGGUGUCAUCCCUGUCAUCUACUACAGCAUCCUGCUGGGCCUGGGGCUGCCUGUCAACCUCCUGACCACAGUGGCCUUGACCCGGCUGGCCACCAGGACCAGGAAGCCCUCCUACUAUUACCUUCUGGCUCUCACGGCCUCGGAUAUCGUCACCCAGGUGGUCAUCGUGUUCGUGGGUUUCCUCCUCCAGGGGGCCGUGCUGGCCCGGCAGGUGCCCCAGGCUGUGGUGCGCUCGGCUAACAUCCUGGAGUUUGCCGCCAACCAUGCCUCAGUCUGGAUUGCUGUCCUGCUCACGGUGGACCGCUACAGCGCCCUGUGCCACCCGCUGCAUCACCGGGCCACCUCGUCCCCAGGCCGGACCCGCCGGGCCAUCGCCACUGUCCUCGGUGCCGCCCUGCUGACGGGCAUCCCCUUCUACUGGUGGCUGGAUGUGUGGAGGGACGCGGAACCCCCCAGCAUGCUGGACGAGGUCCUCAAGUGGGCUCACUGCCUCACGGUCUAUUUUAUCCCUUGUGGCGUCUUCCUGGUCACCAACUCGGCCAUCGUCUGCCGGCUGCGGAGGAAGAGCCAGAGUGGUCUGCGGCCCCAUGUGGGCAAGAGUACAGCCAUCCUCCUGGGUGUCACCACCCUCUUCGCCCUCCUUUGGGCACCCCGGAUCUUUGUCAUGCUCUACCACCUGUAUGUGGCCCCUGUCCACCGCGACUGGAGGGUCCACCUGGCCUUGGACGUGGCCAACAUGGCCGCCAUGCUCAACACGGCAGUCAACUUUGGCCUCUACUGCUUUGUCAGCAAGACUUUCCGGGCCACCAUCCGAGAGGUCGUCCACGAUGCCCACCUGCCCUGCACGCUGGGGUCACGGCCAGAGGGCACGGUGGUGGACCCUGCACUAAAGCCUCCAGGACUUCCCAAAGGGGCAGAACGGUAGAGGCAGGGCCCAGCCAGGG